UAAUUAGUCCGUGAAGUUGCGAGUGAAAUUUUCGCCAACGGCUUGGCAAGCCCUGAAAGAUUACAUCGGUUUUCCGGGCAUAAAAAGCCGCUAAGUAGCAAUAUGGCUUGCUGCCUAGCGCUUAAGAGGAAAGCCAAAGUAGUUACGGAGGAUAUUUUCGAAGAUAUCGAAGCAGAAGAUGACUUCGGUGAGUGGAUUUGAAAUGUUAUAUGUGAUUUAUUUUAGGCUAUCAUAUUGGCGUCAGAUAUGGCUUGCGAAUGCAAUAUUCUUAAAAAUGUUUCAAUUUUUCGGCGCAGAUUUUCUAGAACAAAAGUGUAGAGAGAUUCGAUGUCUUGCGAUUGCAUACAAAAGUGAAGUAAUCGAGAGUUUAGACAUUCACAAGUGGGCAUGUAACUUAACAUUGGCUGAGAUGAGCCUGGAGCAUAAUAUUGAAAGCAGAAAUUGACUUUAUUCAUAUUUUCGCUUACGAAAUCUUUUCAGGAACGAAAUGUAACAAGGUGUACAUUUUUGCCCGGUAGUAUUGUCGGGAAAACAGGCACUUUUACGACGAAUGUAUGCGUUGUAAUCGACGCAUAUGCGAUAUGGCCCUCAGUUGCAUAAAAUUUGUUAUAAACAGGCCGGUCUCAGCAGGGAGCUGACAUAGACAGACUUAUUCCUCGUUUUGCAUUCAUAAAUUGUAGACUGGUGUUUACACAAAAAGAUAAAUACUGCAUUUCUAAUUUUUGUUAGGCCAUACAAGACUUUACAGCCAGCUACUUGCGCAAUUGUUAUGAAUGAAUUCCGAGACAUUAUUCGCAACUUUUUAAUUUUUUUUGGGAUGUACAGCAUCCACUCAAUCCAACAUGUGUUUAAGCAAUUUUCAAUUCAGCAAUUAAAAUCGUUGUUGAUAUAGAAUUCCACCUGAGCAAAUGACAGCCAAGCAAGAAUGGAAAGAUAGCGGCUUACAAAUUAGUCGCAAAUGAUUGGCUGGGUUUGUUUUUAUUGUAUUUGCAUGUAGCCAGAGAAAAGGACACGUUUCGUCGACGUUGCACAUAAGCUGAAAUCGCGUCGGUCGUUUUACACACUAACACACUCGACAAAAACCCACAUCAAAUAAAAAAUUUUAAUCUUAGUUUUUAACACGCUUUAUUUGCACAACACUUGAACAUGCUUUUAUUUAUAUAUACUGGUAGUAUUGAUUUUCAAUAUUGUUAUUGAUUGAUUAUAUUUUGCGUAAUUACAACUUUUCCAAUGACUUGGAAAGUUUUAUCUUUGAAUAUAAUUUAUUCUUAUCUUUUGUUUAAAAAUAUCAAAGCGUAUUACAUGUAAUGUUUUGUAAUCACGGAAAAUCGCCUUUUUAUAGAUAAGCCAUAUUGCACACCAAUAAUAUAUUACAAAUAAAACUGGGGGCUGAAUAAAAUGCAAAUAAAAUAUAUAGUCAGGUAUAGUUUAUGCAUUCGGUAAAUAGACAAUACAGAUCAUUUCAACCGAAAGGACGACAUUUUGAUAGCAAUGAAUGCAUUGUGGUCAAAGUUGGUCAAAUAUUGUGGGCCAGUAUCGAAACCAUAAUGCACCACGAUUCAAAUUGGUGUGGAAACUGUCGAAAAGCUUCAUUUUCCGCCCUGAAUAUAAUUUAUGGAAUAAAUUAUAUUAUUCACCACAUAUGGCGCAAAUAUUCGAACAAUGAGAUUUGCUAUGCAAAUUGUUUCUGCCGUUCCCGAACAGUCUGUAAGUGCAAGUGUCGGGAACGAAUUUCAGACAUAAAAUUUUGGGAAAAUAAACAGGCUGGAUGUAACACAAAACAAAGAAUAGGCAUUUGCAGUCUUCAGGGAGAAUAUUCAAGUACUUAUAGCUGGGAGAAACAGAAUGGGUGAACGUUUUAAGAGGUUAAAAAAAUGGUUCGCUCGAAGCAUUCUUGGUCAACCGAUCGACGAAGAUGAAUACGAUGUCGAACCAGGUUUGCUGGGCUAAAUUUUUAAAUCGCUGUACUUUGAUAGGUGCAGUUGAAACUAUUUUGAUUUAUUUGAAAAGAGUUAGUGUAUUGUUGUUUUGCUUUUAAGUCGUCACACGACACAGGUAUUGUUUCAAGUCCAAAGGCAGUUGAGUCAAGUGGCAAGUGCAUCGUUCGUUUAUUCAUAAACAUAUAUCUGGCCACUUGGCACAAUGAAAUCAUAAUUGAAUUUGUCGAUUGUUCAAUUUAAAAACCUUGUAUAGACAGACGCAUACAGUGUAAAUAAUAUAUACAGUUAUUAAAACAGCGCACAGAAAUUAGCUGUAUUUAUAUUAAAACGAAGACACAUACUGUACUAGUCAAUAUUUACAAUACAAUGCAGAACCAUCAUUGAAAAUCGAAAUAUAUAAUUUAAUACGUUGUUCCCCUGGGAGUUUGACAUUGAUAUAGUACAGUACUAUUUUUUAAAACGACAUAUUACUGUGUGUGAAAUCCUUAAGUAAAUAUAAUUGGCUUAGGAAGGCGAAAAACGAUGCUAAUGUUAUCAGCAUGUCUGCCAGUAUGAGCUCAGAGUAUACAUUGUAUGUGGUAUGUGCGAGCUACGUGUACUUAAAACCGUACUUGCUUUGUGCAAAUAACGCCGGUUUUCAAGCCAAAAUGAUAACAGAAAAUCGUAUAAAACAUGCGUUAUGGUGCAGACAUUAAAGUUUCGCUUGGGCUUUCGGGGAAUACGUUUAUAUUUACGGAAUGUAGGAUGUUUAGAUAGAUUUCUAUCACCAACCAUAUUACUGCAUAGUUUUGCUGAAUGAAAUUAAUUACCCGCAAAUGUUUGCAUAAAUUUUAGAUGAGCUUCGCGGUUUGAUUGGUUAGUUUGCCCAAAUGCGCUCAUCUGAUUGGUUCUUGCUAAUUUGCUUUCUUCAAGCUAUAUACGCUGUUUGACCUCCCACUCGCUUCGUUGUCAAAUACCAACAAUCAAAUCGCGGAAGUUGUUUGAUAAUUUUCGCUUUGAAAAGCCUUCGGUAAAUAAUUGAAUAAAAGGAAACACACAGUAACAUCAUGUAGAAAUUGUUGCGGAUAAUCUCUGUUUGAUUAUCGUUUUUGUCGCUUUAAUGGAGUUGCAAAUACCGACCGGACUUACUGACAUGCUGCAGGAAUUUACUGUUGUCGUGCUCCGCGAAAGACCCGACGACAUGGUUGAUUUCGCUGCGAAUUAUUUUACGCAGUUAAAACUGCUAAACAAAGCAAGUGGGAACACGAAAGGGGUGUCAUUUCAUUCAGACAAGAAAGCGUCUGACGAGGAAGAUGACGAGGAAGAACCCUUAGGUAGUUUUUGAGUUGAAAAAAUUUAGUUGCCGCUAUGACAUUUGUAAUUUAUGCAAGUCAAUGUUGUAUCAACUUGUUGUGUAUUUGUACGCGGUUGUCGGCGUUUGUCCCAUUGUUAACCACAUUGUAAACAGCUUAGUCUUUUCUAAUUAUCAUAUAAAUAUAUUAAAAACAACCUACACGCACAGCUCCGGGAUGUUAAAACUACAAAAUUUACAAUGUCUUUUCUCUUUGUAGAACCACCGAAAAAUAGAUACGUCAGGAGGCAGUCAGGUGCGUGGUUUUCCAGAUUGGGUUUACAUUCUUUUUUCAUUUGCGUUCAGUGGCGAAGCCAACCCGACAAUUUGGUCAUGCUAUGCAAAUUUUAAAUCAUUCAUUGAUUGUUUUCACGGUCUGUGAACACAGAAAUAUUUGCAUAGCAUGAUCAAAUUGUCGGUAGCUGGCUUUGCCACUGUUUGCAUUUAGAUAAAAAUUAACUCAACCCUCAUUGAAAAAAAUGGGGAAAACUGUAUAUUCCCAAUGGCAAUGAGAGUCCCACCCACCCUUUAUUAUUAAGAAAAGUUAGAAUGGACAGGUUAGGUUAUCUAAUGUAGGUUGGUAGUAAAGCGAAAAAUAUGCUAUGUGAAAAAUAACCAUUAUUCCACACCCUGCAAAACAUUCCACACCCUGCAAAAUUGUGGACACUCAAACUAAUGAAUCGAUUUGUUUUUUCAACAGUUUCAGCUGAACCUCUCGCUCCAUCAGACGAGGAGGAUGAUGAAGAAGAGAAAGUAUGGCUUUCAUCACACAUAGCCCUCAGACCAAAUAAGACUAGUUUCCCCACGCACAUUGCUGAUCUACUAUUGUCUUGCAUCAUUCAUUAUUAGACCUAUGCAAGGCUCAAGAGGCAUUUGCAGAUAGUCUUGUUAACUCAUUAAAGUGCAAGACUCUCCCCUUGAUGAGUAAAAUCCUCUCAUGUUAGACAGAGUAAAAUAUUAACCCACUGAGCACCAGCACUCUCCCAUUGACAAGUAAAAUCGCCUGGCAUUAGAAAGAGUAAAAUAAUAAAGUAGGGCACAAUGCAACUUAACAGGUUAAUCUUUUAAUUUUUCUCGUUAAUAUUUCCCCCCUUUUAUCAUACAAAAUGAACUACAAAAAGGUAAAGGGUUCCAUUUUGGUGCAUUGCAAUUUAAUGGGUUAAUCUGUUACUUAUACUUGCCGUUGCCGUCACUGCUAUAUGAUUAUUUUGUUUUAUUAAACCUACAUAAAAACCAAGUAUUUUUCUUUUUAAGAUCGUUUAUCCUAAAACAGACCAACAAAGAGUCAGACUGAAUGAAGCAGUUCAAAACAUAUUACUUUUUAAAAAUCUGGAACGUGUAAGUAGUCUAAGAAUGAAAAUAACGAAAUGAAUUAAAAGCCAUUACAGCUGCAAUAGACCUUUCCCCUUUUGAGUGAAAUUUUGAUCUAGACAAGUCUGGACAAAAAUUUCAUCACAGCUUGAAAGAGCAUCACAAAAUUAGUAAUGUUCCGAAGUUUCGUUGCGAAAUGUUGUAAAAUGCGUUUAAUAUAGCCUUGCGAAGUUUGCCGUUUUUCAGUCAUUUGGUAUUACAAACGGGAAAUUGAUAAUCAGAUGAUCAAAUUGAUGCAAAAUGUUAGAUUGUAAUGCAAAAUGACUGAAAAACUUCGCAAGGCUAUAUUAUCCGCAUUUAACAACAUUUCGCAACGAAACUUCGGAAUAUUACUAAUUUUGUGAUGCUCUUCCAAGCUGUGAUGAAAUUGUUGCCCAGGCAUAUCUAGAUCAAAAUUUCACUCAUAAGGGGAAAGGUCUAUUUAUAUGCAUCUUGUUGCUUCUCUCUGACAGGAACAACUGACAAGAGUGCUCGAUGCGAUGUUCGAGAGAAAAGUCACACCUGAUGAUCAUGUAAUUGAUCAAGGGGACGACGGGGAUAAUUUUUAUGUUGUCGAUAGGUAAGCAGGCUGCAAACAGUAUGAUCAUUGUUGCUAAUAAAAAUGUUUUUUAUGAAAAUGUUUUUGUACAUUCUAUUUUUACAGUGGUACCUAUGAUAUAUUUGUAAAAAUAGAUGGCGUUGACAAAAAUGUGAGUAUAAUUGUUUGAAUUUUCCUUCAAGAACAAGUCAUUUGUAUGCAAGUCUGCCAUAUCUUGCUGUUGCGAGUUUAGGCGAUAGCAAAAUAUGCCAUGACUUCCUAGUAACUUAUGAACCUUGUACUUUAGGUGGGUAGCUACAACAACAAAGGAAGUUUUGGAGAACUGGCACUUAUGUAUAAUACACCAAGGUAUUUUGAAGAUUUACAGUUUUUUUACCAUGGCAUGCAUCAACAAUAGAGGUUGAAAUUUUUAACAUUUUAGAAAUUUUUUUACUCGCCCGAAUGGCCACCAGGGCAUAAGAUCUGGUCGCCAAUUUUAAUAUCAGGUUUCCUUACAAUUAAAAUGUUAUGCAAUAUUCUCUUUGUAUAUAAAAGCGUAAAGGUAUUCUCUUUGUAUAUAAAACAGUUGUUUAAUAUGUUGAAUUAUAUGCAAAAGGAAUAUGAAAGGAAUAUGAAAAUGAAAUGCUUGUGUUACUAGAUAUUUGUGAGAUAUUUUAAGGCUUUAGAAUUAUUUUAUCAUUUGAAUUUCUUUUUCUAAGUCGCCACAUAGGUUACCAAAUAUCUGGUCGCCAGUUUAAAAACUUGGUUCAGCAAGCAAACUUCUCAACCCAAGGACGAUACAAACCUUGGAAUUUUUUAAUCAGAUUGUACCUUCCAGAAAAUUUUAACAAACUCUAGAAAUUAAUUCAAAUAUCGAGAGCCAAUGGAUCCUUGAUGUCAAUAUCUACCAGUUCACUCAAAAUAACAUGUUUUCUGCAAGAUCACCUCAGUCUGCUUAAAGGGACCUUAUUUUCUACUAUUCCCAUUUAGGGCGGCAACCAUUGUUGCAACCUCGGAUGGUAUUCUGUGGGCAUUGGUAUGUAGUCAAUUUUGAAUUAAUAAAGUUAUUUAAUUUUUAAAUAUUUGUUCAACUGUGAUGAAUGAUUACAAGUUUCCCACACAUUUAUUUCUAAAUUUUAGGAUCGCGUAACGUUCAGGAAAAUCGUUCUGAGAGCAGCAUCCAAAAAGGUACUGGCCGUUGCAUUGGCUGUCAAAUUUAAUGAUUGCUUCAACUUUUAAUUUUUUGUUUCAUUUUUAGAGGAAAGCAUACGAAGCGCUGAUCGAAAAAGUCCCCAUGCUGUCAGAGAUAAACGUAAUUAUUCCUUAUCAUUAAAGGGGCCCUACAGUAAUUUUUUAGUCGAAAAGCCACCUUAAGUAUUGUUUACAUUUUUUUGUUAUUGUCGCUACUUGACAUGCGCACCACGGCAGGCAUGCGUCUUCCGGUCUGCGGAAGUACUCAUACUCAUGGAUACUGCAUGUAAGAUACAGCCAAACGAAUCUCUGUGGAGUCCCCUACUUAAGGUGGCUUUUCGACUAAAAAUUGACUGUAGGGCCCCUUUAACAUGCAAAGCAACACGUCAUAGAUCAUAUCGACCGUUACCAUUGUAUGUUAGACGAACCAUAAUUUAAUUGCCUAGUUUGUACAGUCAGAUCAUCAACCUGUAGUUCAAGAGCAGGCUUAUUACAUUCUGCCAUAUCGUUUACAUGGAAUGCCACUCUGGUUAAUUAAUAGCGACCUUAGUCUGGUUCACAUAUGCGGUAUGUCGGCGGGCUAUUGUCGUUAGCAGUUCAAACAAUGAUAGCGCAGGCACGUGUGAACCAGAUUUUAUGCCUGGUUUCGUCCUAACGGUCGUAAAGAUUGAGUCACGAUCUUUCUCAUCAGCCGAAAUACAACAUUUUAGAACUGAAAAUACGCGGAGUGAUUAUAACUAGAGAAUACUCGUGAUUUAUAUGUGGUUUACAGGUAUAAACUAUUAUAAACUGGCCGUUGAGAAAGCUGUAGUCAGUAGCGAACUACCUUUGUUCAAAAGUAGCAGUAGUUGUAGCCGACUACAUAUUUUUGAAGUAGCUGUAGUUAUAGCGAACUACAAAAAUUUUGUAGUCAACCCACCCUUGCCGGAGAUAGGGCUUUUGUUCACAUAUGAAAUGUUGUUAUCAUCUCAGUUUCUGCAACGAACCGGUGGUACGGCGGUUUGUUCUUCGAAGUGGUGCGCGGUAUAUCGGAUUAGUUUUCGCAACGCUCACAUUCUAAUGUAACGGCCAAUUGUAGCAAUUCCGGGUUCAAUCAUGAUUCAAGAUGGCUAUUCUAACCUUAUUUACGGGUAUAGCUUGCUCACGCUUUCAAAUGACGUCUGCGAUUCUUUUUGUUUCUGGUAAAUAUAUACAAGAAGAGACGAAGGCAUAGAAGGGCGGGGGGCGGAAGCUGUUUACACUUGGGCCGCAAACGUUUCGCGAACGAUGCAAAAAGCGAUCCGAUACAAUGUAAACAUAGCUAUAAAUGCAUUUUGGGGUGACUCGCGAAAAUUUCAGAAUUCAUGUGUGUGAACGUACUUUUUCUUUUCAGAUGAGCGAAAAAAUGAACUUAGCCGAUGCGCUGGCAUCAAAAACCUACGACGACGGAGAAUGCAUUAUCAAACAGGUAUAUGCACAAUAAUACCUUUUAUAUUGUACCUAUUGCGUUGCAAUAGGGGUAAAAGACUGCUUUCACGAACACAAUGAUUGUAUUUCAAUAGGAUGAUGAGGCAGAGUUCAUGUACUUCGUGGAAAAAGGAGUUGUCUCCAUUCGAAUACAACAACCGGUACGAUAAAUUGAUUAAAUUUUGGUUAAAAUUGGAUGAGAAAUUAGGCCAAAAAAAAAAUGUGGGUUUCCGGUUUCCCGACCCUACCUAGCUUUUGGACGUCGAAAUCCCGACCCUAAACUUUUUUAUUGGAUGCUUGGAUCAUGCUUGUAAGUGUUUCCACUUAGAGGAAAAAGUUUGUGGAAAAUUGAAAUUUGAGGCAAUAUUAGGGAAAUUUAUCUUUGGAUGUGGAAGCACUGACUAAACAAAAUGGCGUCCGCUUGUUCGGAAAAUUAAAAAAAGUUAAAAAAAAAAGUUAAAACCGACCUACCCUACCUUAAGUUUUUAUAAGAAGAAACCGGAAACCCACAUUUUUUUUUUGGCCUUAGCUUUGCCGGGCGGAGUUAACUGAAUACGUAAUUAGCCCAUUGUAUAAUUUAUGCAUGAUACAUCAUUUUCUGGUGGAGGCAUGCAGUCUCCCUUCAACGCUAAGCUGGUUUUCCACCAGCGAAUUUUUUUGCGCGAAGCGACCUUUUUCUUUUGUCGGCACCAUUUUGCCACGUCUUGAUGACGUAAUAAGUGAUACCGACAAAGGAAAAAGUUCGGCUUCGCGCAAAAAAAUUCGCUAGUGGAAAACCGGCUUUAAAUAGUACUUCAUUUGUGCGUAGGGCGAAAGUACCGAUGUUGAAGUGGCGAAAUGCGCCGAAGGACAAUAUUUUGGAGGUAUACUACUUACGUUUUCAUUAGGAAUGUUCGGUAUGAGAAAUUUCCGGUAUCGGUAUACCGAAAAAAUUAUACCGAUAUUAUCGGUAUACCGGUUUUCCUUUGAUAAUUAUAAAGGAAAAUUUUUUAAUGGAAGUUUGAAAGAAAUUUUGAGUAAUUCUAAAAGGGAAAACGAUAAUUUCGAAGCUGUUUGGAACAUGUUUCGAACGACAUGCACGUACUCAGUGUAAAAUCUCACUGAAGUGGAAAUUCUAAAUCAUUGCAGUAGAAAGUUCUUUGAAUUGCCAUUCAGUAGUAAAAUAAAGGUUAUGGUUUCGCCAUAUAGUUGGUAAAUUUAACACGGUAUACCGAAAAAUUCCGGUAUAUCCGAAAUUUCGGUAUAUCGGUAUGGUUGAAUAUCCGGUAUCGAUAUACCGAUAUUGAUUUAAUACCGAUAUUUUCGGUAUAUCGGUAUACCGAACAGUCCUAGUUCUCAUACAUGCGAAGAAAUUCGAAACCGUUACCACGGUUAGAAAAGUUGGGCUGCGCCAACCAUUGAGAGACUAUAUAUAGUAUAUACAUCGUGCAAGUAAAUAUCAAUAUUUUGGGGAUCUCACUGGAUGGAACUACAAAAUCCUUCUAUAUAUAUCGUAUGUAUUCUGUUACAGAACUCGCUUUGGUAACUCACAAACCAAGAGCAGCAUCUGCCUACGCCGUCGGCGAAGUUAGAUGUGCAGGUAAUUAUACGUUUUUUCCUGCUCCGGACCGCUCAAACAGCCCGCGACCGCUAACACACACCCGGAAGUAUUCGGUCUUUUCUUGUUACAGGUGACACAUUUGCGAAAUCAUACAACUGCAUUAGUGAAUAUAUAAGACCUGGGGCCGGUUGUAUAAAAUUCUUAAUCACUUUUUUAAUCACUAUUUUGUAGUUAAAUAGUGAUUAACUCUCAAAUACGCGCUUCUUAUUGGAUGAUGUUUCCACUAACUAUAGUUAACUUUAAUCACUUUUUUAUACAACCAGCCCCUGAUAUUUUUGUGUGUGUUUUGAUGUUAUGUACUCAGGUGAAUAUAAUGUUUUGAUGUUACUCUUAGUGUAUAUCCACACCGGGCAGGCUGAAAAGUUAGCCUGACCACGGUGGGAAUCAAACCCGCGACAUUUGGGAUAUUACUCCAAUGCUCUACCAACUGAGUACUUGAACGAGUACUUGGCCUCGUAGCUCAGUUGGCAGAGCAUUGGACUAGUAUCCCAAAGGUCGCGGGUUCGAUUCCCACCGUGGUCAGGCUAACUUUCCAGUCUGCCCGGUGUGGAUAUACACUCAGAAUAACAUCAAAAACAUUAUAUAAGACCUGUUUAUAACUAUGUCGUCAGAAUCGAUAUAAAAGGCUCUAAUAGAUAGGUUAAGAUCUACGACGUCGCAGUCACUAGGACGUCAGGGCUAAGCAGAGGACUGGGACUAGGACGUCGUUCUAAAUAAAUAAACUUCCACUUAAGAUUCACGACUUCGACAUUUAAACUAUAAAUAUUUACAUUCUUUUGAAAAUGAAUUUUAAAAAGACACAUGAAUUCAUUACCGUUUGCUAUGCUUUUAUAUCUACGACGGUAAAACUCUUGUUAUGUGAGUGUCGACGUUUGGUGGACGACGAGCAAAUUGAAAGAGACACAUGCACACUUCAAAAACUAUUACCAAUUUACUUCCGCUUGCCGCCCUAAAUAUUUGACGUCGUAGAUAUUGGGCUAUCAGAGACCUUACGAUUUUAGGACGGCAACGCGACGACAAUAGAUCAUUGAAAAGAAUUGAGUAAUUACAAUAAAUGAAUAAUUUAGACAUUGUCCUCGCUCUGUUUACAACGCCAAAUCACAGAUUUUCACGUGUUGAUACAACGGCUGCAUUCCAAGCCACAACAAGUGCAACUUCAAACUUGGUUUAUCAGAACUCUUCCCAACAAGAAAACCCAUGUCUUCAACUUCUAAGACUGUAUUAAAUUCAUACGAUUGAUAAUAUACGACGAACUACCGACUACCAUUUAUUUGAAGGAGUUUGUUUUGGCCGUCGCGGUUGUCGUCCUAAAAUCGUAAGGUCUCUAUCUACUUAUUUAGGACGACAUCCUAGUCCCAGUCCUCUGCUUAGCCCUGACGUCCUAGCUGACGUCAACGUCGUAGAUCUUAAGAUACCUAAUGUCUCAAUGACGGAAACUUGGCUGUAUAGCCACGGCUAAGUACUUUAAUUGAUAGUGUAAAGCAGACUUUACAAAUGGUCAAUACUCAGGAAUGCUUUCUUUAUUCCUCUGCAGUCUUGGAAAUCCACGCCUUCGAACGACUUCUGGGUCCUUGCAUGGAGAUCAUGAAGCGAAACAUUUCCAACUACGAGGAGACUUUGAACAACCUUGGUGUCGAACACACGGAUCUGCGGUAG